CUGUCAGGGCAGGCGGCUGCAUGGCGGCGAGCGGAGAGGGAGGCUGAGCGUCCGGCUGAGGAGAUUCGCCCCCCGGUUGCUCGGCCGGCCUCCUGCCCGCCAUGAAGUCGCGCUUCAGCACCGUCGAUAUCCGGGCGGUGAUAGCCGAACUCCGUCACAGCCUCCUGGGAAUGAGAGUAAACAACAUUUAUGAUGUGGAUAAUAAGACGUACCUCAUCCGUCUUCAGAAGCCAGACUGCAAAGCUACGCUGCUCCUGGAAUCUGGCAUUCGGAUCCAUACCACAGAAUUCGAGUGGCCUAAGAACAUGAUGCCAUCUGGCUUUGCCAUGAAGUGUCGCAAGCAUCUGAAGACCAGAAGGCUUGUGAGCGUGAAGCAACUUGGUGUCGACAGGAUAGUAGAUUUCCAGUUUGGGAGUGAUGAAGCCGCCUAUCACUUGAUAAUAGAGCUGUACGACAGGGGGAAUAUUGUUCUUACUGACCACGAGUACCUAAUCCUAAAUAUCCUGAGGUUUCGUACCGAUGAAGCCGAUGAUGUCAAGUUUGCCGUGAGGGAGCGCUACCCUCUCGACAGCGCGAAAGCAGCAUCACCGCUGCCCAGUUUGGAAAGGCUGACAGAAAUAAUAACCACCGCACCUGAAGGAGAACAGAUAAAGAGAGUUCUAAACCCCCACCUUCCUUAUGGAGCCUCACUCAUUGAGCACUGCCUUAUCGGAGCAGGAUUUGCAGGUAGCGUCAAAACAGACCGGAUGGAAAGCAAAGACUUUGAAAGGGUACUCGUUGCUUUACAGAAAGCAGAAGAAUAUAUGGAAACUUUGGACGACUUUGAUGGAAAGGGCUUUAUCAUUCAGAAGAGGGAGAAAAAGCCAAGUUUGGAACCGAACAAACCUGCUGAAGAAAUCCUCACAUACGAGGAGUUCCAUCCUUUCUUGUUUUCACAACACUCAAAAUGUCCAUAUGUGGAGUUUGAAUCUUUCAACAAGGCAGUGGAUGAAUUCUACUCCAAGCUGGAAAGCCAGAAGAUAGACCUGAAGGCGUUGCAACAGGAGAAACAAGCAUUGAAGAAGCUGGAAAAUGUUCGGAAGGACCACGAACACAGGCUUGAAUCGCUGCAUCAAGCUCAGGAAGUUGACAAGAUGAAAGGCGAGCUUGUGGAAAUGAACCUCGAGAUCGUUGACCGGGCCAUCCAGGUGGUCCGGAGUGCUUUAGCCAACCAAAUUGACUGGACGGAGAUUGGUGCCAUCGUCAAAGAGGCACAAGCUCAGGGGGACCCGGUGGCCAGCGCCAUCAAAGAGCUGAAGCUGCAGACAAACCACAUCACGAUGCUCCUCAAAAACCCGUACGUGCUCUCCGAGGAGGAGGAGGAGGAGGAGGAAGCGGCUGCAGAAGAGGAGGCAGCAGAGGAAUCCAAGGGGAAGAAAAAGAAGAACAAAGCCAAGCCGCUGAGGAAACCUGGGAGGAACAAGCCCUUGUUCGUGGAUGUGGACCUCAGUUUGUCCGCCUAUGCCAAUGCAAAAAAAUAUUAUGAUCACAAGAGGCAUGCGGCCAGAAAAACCCAGAAGACUGUGGAAGCAGCAGAGAAGGCCUUCAAAUCAGCAGAAAAGAAGACCAAGCAGACACUGAAAGAAGUUCAAACUGUGACCACCAUUCAGAAAGCCAGGAAGGUUUAUUGGUUUGAGAAAUUCCUGUGGUUCAUUAGCUCUGAAAAUUACCUUGUUAUAGCUGGAAGAGACCAACAGCAAAACGAAAUGAUUGUCAAGAGGUAUCUGACCCCAGGCGAUGCCUACGUCCACGCCGAUCUCCACGGAGCAACUAGCUGCGUCAUCAAGAAUCCAACAGGAGACCCCAUCCCACCGCGGACGCUCACUGAGGCGGGCACAAUGGCUCUGUGUUACAGUGCGGCCUGGGAUGCUCGAGUCAUCACUAGCGCCUGGUGGGUGCAUCAUCACCAGGUGUCCAAAACAGCCCCCACUGGAGAGUACCUGACGACAGGAAGCUUCAUGAUCAGAGGGAAAAAGAAUUUUCUCCCUCCUUCCUAUUUGAUGAUGGGCUUCAGUUUCUUAUUUAAGGUGGACGACUCCUGUGUUUGGAGACAUAAAGGUGAGCGGAGGGUCAAAGUGCAAGACGAAGACAUGGAGACUGUGACCUCUAGCACCAGUGAGCUGGCAGCAGAAGAAACAGCCCCCCUGGACGCACCGGAUGGAGACGACAGCAGCAGCGAUGACGGCGAGAGAGGUGAGCCCAAAGAGAACCCUGGGAAAGCGGAGGACUCAGAUGAAGAGCAUCAUCUGGAGGCAGGCGGGGAGGGGACUGGCGAUGCCCUGGCUUCAGAGGGAUCCUCCAGUGAGGAAAACCCCGACUCAGAGGAAGAGGAUGAAGAGGCUCAGGAACCAGUGAAGAAGGCCCAGGAGGAGGAGAUCAGUUUUCCAGACACAACCAUCGAUCUCUCACACCUGCAGUCCCAAAGAUCCCAGCUGAAAUCUGUUCCCAGAGAGGAUACCUCAAACUUGAGCGAUGGAAAGUCCCAGAGCCGGAGACAUCUCACAGCCAAGGAGAGGAGAGCAAUGAAGAAGAAGCAGCCGCAAAGUGACCCUGAUGAUUCAGGGCCCCCAAGGGGGAAGGCAGAGGACGACGGGGCUCGGCUUCCACCCCCUCCCAGCGUCAACAAGAAUGCAGCCCCCCAACAGCCUGUCAAGAGGGGGCAGAAGAGCAAACUGAAAAAAAUGAAGGAGAAGUACAAAGACCAAGACGAGGAAGACCGCGAGCUCAUCAUGAAACUGCUCGGGUCUGCUGGGUCAGCGAAAGAAGAGAAACCAAAGAAAGGCAAGAAAGGGAAAACAAAAGAAGACGCCCCAAAGAAGCCGCCCCAGAAGCCGAGGGCAGGCCAGAGGGCUGCAGUGAUGGUCAGGAUCGAGGAAGGAGGCCCUGAGUUGCAAGAUCCUCCUCCGGAGGAGCACCUGGAUGAGAAGGAGGAGCACGACCAGGAUCCGAACGCCAAGGAGGAAGCAGAGGCUCUCUUGGACUCCCUGACUGGGCAGCCCCACGCUGAAGACAUCAUCCUCUUUGCCGUCCCUUUCUGUGCCCCUUACAGCACCAUGACCAACUUCAAAUACAAAGUCAAGCUGACACCAGGCACCCAGCGGAAGGGGAAAGCUGCAAAGACUGCCUUGUAUAGUUUCAUGCAGUCCAAGGAGUCGACCCUACGAGAGAAGGAUCUCUUUCGCAGUGUGAAGGACACAGAUCUAUCCAGAAAUAUGCCAGGCAAAGUGAAGGUGUCUGCUCCUAAUCUCCUGAACAUAAAAAAGAAAUAAGGACAACUGUACACAUCCUCACAAACCUGCUGCUGCAAGUUCGAUGUUCCGGCUCAGGAGCCCUCUUCCAGUUUUGCUAAUAAAAUCCGCUGUACUGUAACCACA